AUGAAGGUGAUGAAGAAGAUGAGCCACGACAAAACGCUCUCGCUCUCAUCACUCUCAUCGCUCUCUGCACUUUGUACUCUCCAUCUUCUUCUGUUUUGCUUAAUAUGUAGAGUUACCCUUUCCAUUUCUUCCUCCUCCUUUGCAUCAUCAUCAUCAGCUACGACUACUCUCUACUCAAAUCAAACCGACAGAAAUGCCCUUUUGGAUUUUAAACGCCGGAUUUCUGAUGAUCCGCACGGAGUGUUACUUAACUCCUGGAAUAACUCGGAGCACCAUUGUGGGUGGCAAGGAGUGAGGUGUGGUCGUCGGCACCGACGAGUUGUGGGUUUGGAGCUGCCGGAGAUGGGGUUGGUCGGAACCAUUUCUCCUCAUAUCGGAAAUCUCACAUUCCUCAGGGUUGUUGAGCUUGGUGGCAAUGGAUUUUACGGUGGAAUUCCGGGAGAAAUUAGUUUUUUGUUUCGACUAAGGUUCCUUAAUCUAUCUUCCAAUGCACUGACGGGAGAACUAGUUACUGUUAAUCUCAGCAACUACUCCUCAAAGCUCGAGUAUCUGUGCUUUGCACGGAAUGGCCUCCAAGGGUUACUCCCUACAAACUUGGUGAAUUUGAAGAAGCUACAAUAUCUUUUUCUGGGUGUAAACAAAUUGACAGGUAGAAUUCCUCCGGCUUUCGGGAAUCUUUCUUCGCUUCUAAUAUUGAGCUUGGAAUAUAAUCAUUUGGAGGGAAGUAUUCCGCAUGAGAUUACACAGUGUUCGGGUUUGAAAAUCCUUUCACUUAGUUCCAAUAAUCUCACUGGUAAAUUGUCUCCUUCUUUCUUCAAUAUCACUUCAAUCAAAUUUUUUGCAGUAGCGGAUAACUCGCUUGAGGGGACCAUUCCAAGCUACAUAGGAAACACAAUGCCCAACUUGGAAGAAUUCGAUUUUGAUAUAAACAAAUUCCAUGGAACUAUCCCUAUUUCAUUUACCAAUGCCUCUAAGCUUCAAUAUCUUGACUUAUCCACAAACAAUUUUAUUGGAGAAGUUCCAAGUAACAUUGGGAAGUUAAAAGAUCUUCUAUACUUGAAUGUUGGGGAAAAUCUUCUUGGUAGCAAAGGUCCCCUUGAUGACUUAGUUUUUAUACCCUCCAUGUCAAAUUGUAGUAAUUUAAAUGUGUUUUCCAUUGCUGAGAAUAGAUUUGAAGGUAAAUUGCCAAUCACCAUAGCUAACCUCUCAUCCAAACUCUCUCUUUUGCUUCUAGGAGGGAAUAAGUUAUAUGGAACGAUACCAAUAUCAAUAAAAAAUCUCGCUAGCCUCACUGAUUUAGGCCUAGAUGGAAACCUCUUAUCAGGUGUUAUUCCCAGUGAGAUAGGUGAAUUGAAAAACCUACAAGGAUUGUAUUUAAGUGGAAACCGAUUGUUUGGAAUAAUACCUCCUAGUCUCUUUAACCUCACUUCUCUAUCUUCAAUACAUAUGGACAUCAACAACUUAGAUGGAAAUAUACCUUCAAGUGUGGGAAACUUUUGGAAUUUGAAUGAAUUGGGCUUAUCUAGUAACAGACUCAAUGGCGUCAUUCCUCAACAAAUUUUUUAUCUGCCAUCUUUGUCUAAGAAACUUGACCUCUCUAAUAAUUCAUUCACUGGGCUAUUAUCUCCUGUCGUGGGCAAAUUGAGAACACUAAAUGCCAUGGACAUCUCUGGGAACAAAUUGUAUGGCAAAAUUCCAGAUUCAAUUGGAGAUUGUUUGAGCCUUGAAUAUCUUGAUAUGCAUGGUAAUCUCUUUGAAGGAAAAAUCCCACCUUCUUUGGUUUUCCUAAAAAGCAUUAGGCAUUUGGAUAUCUCAAACAACAAGUUGACUGGAGAGAUAUCCAGAGAAUUCCUAAAUCUCCGCUUCUUGCAACAUUUGAACCUUUCCUUCAAUGAUCUAGAAGGGGAGGUACCAACAGUUGGAGUGUUUGCAGCGGCAACCAAUGUAUCAUUGCUUGGAAACAAAAAGCUAUGCGGUGGUAUACCUGAGCUAAAGCUGCCUCCAUGUCUUGUGAAGAAAACAAAACACAGCAAGCAUUUAAAGCUAAUGAUUGUUAUCUUCACAUGUAUCUGCUCAGCUCUGGUGUUUGCAUCAUUCAUUGCUUUUCUAACAUUGUGUUGGAGGAAAGAAAAAAGGAUGGAGUCAGCUAAGCCAUCCAAAGUUGAACAACUUUCCAAAAUCCCUUAUAGAGACCUGCAUCAAGCUACUGAUGGUUUCUCUGAGACAAAUUUGAUCGGUUCGGGAAGUUUUGGCUUUGUUUACAGAGGAAGAUUUGAUGAGCAAGGUGGAGGAGAACAAACAAUUGCGGUGAAGGUACUUGACCUUUUAAAAAAUGGAGCUACAAAGAGCUUUCUUGCAGAAUGUAAAGUGUUGAGGAACAUACGCCACCGAAAUCUCGUUCCAAUUUUGACUUGCUGCUCGAGUUGUGAUUUUGCAGGUAAUGAAUUCAAAGCUUUGGUUUAUGAGUUCAUGGAAAAUGGAGAUUUGGAUAUGUGGUUGCAUACACAUUCAUCAAAUGCAAGGACGACCAUUCUAAAUGUUCUUCAAAGGUUAAACAUUGCAAUUGAUGUAGCUUCUGCUUUGCAUUAUCUCCAUGAUGAUUGUGAACCGGCGGUGAUUCAUUGUGAUCUAAAGCCAAGUAACAUUCUGCUUGACAAAGACUUAACUGCUCAUGUUGGAGACUUUGGUAUAUCAAGACUUUAUUCAUGUACAAUUGGAGAUCCAAUUGGUAAACAAAGUAGUACCAUUGCAUUAAAGGGGUCAAUUGGUUAUGUUCCACCAGAAUACGGGACUGGAGCAAAUGCAUCAACUUGUGGAGAUGUAUACAGUUAUGGAAUCCUUUUACUGGAAAUGUUCACCGGAAAAAGACCCACAUAUAAUUUUUCUAGUGACGAUGGUAGUAGCCUUUCUGAAUAUGUUGAGACAGCAUUGCCAGAUGAAGUGAUGAAGAUUGUAGACCCAAUGCUUCUAACAUGCCAAGAAAGCAACAACCAUGGAAUAAGAUGUAAGGAAGAAUUGAAAAAUCCUAGCAAGUUGGUGGAAAUUGAAGAGAGAAAGAUGGAUGAUUUCUUCAUCUCCGUGUUCAAAAUUGGACUCUGUUGUGCUUGUAGAUCACCAAUGGAGCGUGGAAACAUGAAAGAUGUCAGCAGAGAGUUACAGAAGAUUAGAAAGGCCUUCUUUGUUUAAGGAAUGAACUUUGUUAUGCAUGUAUGGUAGUUUAAGGACAAAUUAAAUCAUAUACCUUGUGUAUCAACUUUUAUUUUAUUCAUAUAUAGGUCGAUAGAUGAGUAGAAUGA